CGGGUACAUUUGUUCCGUUUCAGUGAAUGCAAGCCGGCUCGGCGUCGCUCGGUUUUGUUGGCCAUGAACGUGCGUGCGAACGCUAGAGAACCACGGGAGAUACCGCGUCGGGGCCAAAGGUUCCGUCUGCCUCUGUACACUUCUUCGUCAGUCGUUCCAGCGAGAAGCACGCAAAGCCUCCAGCAUCAAGUUCACCGAUUUCUGUAAAUCUAAGGACCAACCUCCAGUGGAUCAUCGUCCGAGGACGUCGAGAAAGCGAUCGGCAAGAGGAAGAAAAGCCCCUCGGGGGUGGAACGUCGCCGGAAAUUGGCUCUGCGAUCGUCCUCUUGAUCAACGACCAAGGAUCGAUUUUAAACAUGGAGAAUGAAGGAUCCUCGUCUGUCGUGGCGUCCAGUACACCGGACGGUACGGUUGGAUGGAUCGAAUCGAUGAUCGUCACCGCUUCGCAGACGUCUGUGGGUCAGUCGUUAUUCAAACUGGUCGAAUCAUUUCUGUGGGUCGUCGAGAAGUCCGCGCGAUGGAGCGUGCCAACCCACGAACUAAGCGCAGAGGAAAAUGGAAAAAUAUUCGGGAAAAUUGAGCUAGUGAGACCUUUGCCUUGGAUCCUCUUUCUCCCAAGCCUGGUCAUCUUGCGAAUUAUCAGGGGCGGAUUGAACGUGGGAGCUUUCCUUUUGGGCUACCCUCGAAUAGAACCAAGUGGAAUGGUAAAAUUCAUGCAGAAGAGUCGCAGGCGAUUGAGGGCGUUAAACUCGAAGGCAAUGAAAUCAACGAGGCGCAAAAUGCUCGGCAAGGCAGCAACACCGGACGAAAAGUCGACCACAGAAUCCGCCGGAAGUCCGACGCCCAUUGAACCGAAACGGAAGAUCUCGCAAGUUAGCUCGGCCGACGAGAGCACCGAUGACGCCACCGACGAGUCAAAGAACGAGACUCUACAAUCGAUGAUCGACAGACUUGCCAACGAUGACAGUACAGAUGAUCCCGAUUUCAAUCCCCCCGACUGCAGCACGGAAUCGAACACGAGCAGCGAAAACGAAGCGGAGCAUAAUGUGACCCUGUCCGAAUUGGAGGAUGUUCAGAAAGAGGCCGAGGAGAUACUGAAAAAUCACAAACUAAGGUCUAACCAGCUUCCCCUCGAUACGAAAACGAACGACAAGGAAACCAAGGAGGAAACGACCAACAGGGUGGCGCGUGUCGACAGUCCGGAGCCGGAACUGCAGGCUUGCAUGCGUAUUUCGAACGAUUUCAUCAAUAAAGAAGCGAAAACCACUUUGUCGUCCAGGCUUCCAGCAGCGACACCGAGGCAAGAGGUCACAAACGGCGUGGUCGCCGAGAAAAGGAACGAGAAACCGAAUCAGAAACCGAACGCAUCGUCGCAUCCGCGAGGCUCGAACCCAAAAGAGAACGUGCCGCACCCUCAAGAGAAGAAAACCAGUCCACGCAAGAAAUUCGGCCGAAAAGAUGCGAAAUAAACGAAGAAUAUAUCAGAAAAUGAAAGUGUGAGUGAGAGAGAGAGAAAAAAAGAGAGAGAAAAAUAGAGAGAGAAAUGAGAGAGAUGUAGUUCUCUAUGUUAAGUAGGGAACUCAGGGGGUGAAAAAACAACCCUCUGAAUCGUGUUCGACACACGAUCGUCGGGGCUAAUUUAUCAUUUACGAUACGAUACUUCAUCUGGAUAAACGCGCGCGCAUGGAACCACGUUAUCGGUAAGGUUGCGGUGUUGUAAUCGAACGGUCAAGAUCGAACGUUGCGUGAUCGUGGCCGGCUGCGCCGAUACAGAUACCGAUCGUUCCGUUAUCAGACUGCUAUCGAUCGCGAUUUUUGGCGAGUUCGAGGGAUCUGUAAUCGAGGAAAGUAACACGACCCUUCGAAAUGAACAAGAUUCUUUUUUAGUUUGAUUCUACACGGUGUCUCGAUCGUUUCUUCGUCGAACAAGGGGGAUGGAAAAAUGUCUCAGCUGGUCUUUACAUUCAGUUGUCAGUGCUACACUGUUAAUACAAGUUGAAAUCUAUUUGUAGCAGACUAUAUUGCGAUAGAGCUAAGGUUAUUGUAGAUUAGUCUGACAGAAAUUAUUGUCCCAGCGCGGACCUGCUUUCGGGACAAUAAUCGAGAGGAGUCUGUAUUUCGAAUCGCCUGAGAUCGUCGCGAUAGAGAACCGAGAAUUUUUAUGUAGAAAAUUAAUAAUAAUUCCAUUUGCGUUUAUGCAGUCGAAAACUGAACCUCUCUAGAUUAUAGUUGUCAUCUCAGAUUUAACGAACAGUUUAGUCCGAAUGACUACGCACAGUUCAAGAGUUCGUCGAUAGUAAUCUGUACAACGAUAAUUACGUUUACAUGCACGAUCGAGCCGUUCGAUUACAAUGUCGAAACGCGAAAUCAUUUGAAGAUUAUUCUCGUCACCUUCAUCAUCAACAUCGAUCAUUACCCCCUCCCGUUAAUUAUUUUGCUCCAUUCCGUUUCAUCGUUACAAGCGCGAACAUUCAUACGAAUUCUCUUCUGCGUAUGAUCGAAGGGAAUGGACAUUAUACAGCGUUUACACGUUUUAUCGCAUUCGCGCGUCCGAGGCCGAACCGUAUUUUGUUAUCCCCAAUGGAUGUACGAUUAACUUUUUUUUUGUUAAUAAAUUAUUUAAUCGAA